CCAGGACCUACAAUCGAAACUCUGAACUCUGUUGAUACGUGUGUGCCUGCAGUCACUGCUUCGAAUUAUUUGAUAGAUUGUAACAUACUUCUGUUCUGGAUUCACAUUCAUAUCAGAUAUAUUUAUUGAAAAGAUAAAUGGAGGAUAAAGGCGAGAACGGACACGCUGUAAAAUACUACCGACUGUCGGAAAUCGAGGAACGGAAUUCAUUCAAGAGUACAUGGAUUAUAAUCAAGCAUAAAGUCUACGAUGUCACCACAUUUCUGGAGGAGCACCCAGGUGGAGAGGAGGUCUUGAGAGAGCAGGCUGGCGGCGACGCCACAGAGAGCUUUGAAGAUGUCGGACACUCAUCAGAUGCCAGGGAGAUGGCUGCCAACAUGGUCAUUGGAGAACUACAUCCAGAUGACCGGCCGAAGAUUGACAAACCUUCAGAACCAAUCAAGGAAACCUCAAGUUGGUGGACAAACUGGUUGUUCCCCGGUUUGGCUGCGGCUGUCGUCACGGUGAUGUACCGCAUGUACACGUCCGAGGAGAAGUAACUGCGCCAUCCGUCCGUCACCCUUGCCAAUCAAAUGUCAAUCAAAAUAACUGGCUUCAGAAUGACAGCUACAGAGCCUGCGUUUGAUCUCCUGAGAAACCAUUGCUGCCUUUUGGGAUUUGUACAGCUCAUAUGCAGUACUACAGUACCCAGGAUUCAUGUAAUGUUUUUCAUCCAAUCACUCAGAAGUAUGUUAAUGAAGGCUUAUACAUUAGUUGUUAUUGUGUUAACCUUCUUUUUCAACUCCUGAUUUACAUAUUGAUAUAUACAGUCUUGUGAAAAAGUAUGUACACCCCCUGGAAAGUUUGUUUUGUACAUAUUUGGACAGAUGGAUAUGUAAUCUUCACUUCAACACUAUUGACAGAUAAAGUUAACCUAAUUUAACCAAUGA